AUGCCAGGUACUAUCCCUGCCAUUACGGAUCCUGCUGUUGUCGACUCUGCCUCUUCGCACGCUGGUCUAGCUACGCUAGCUACGCUAGCGCCCGUCCACGCUUCCCACCCUCGUGUAGCUCAAGCUCCUUCUCUCGACCCGCAAGCACCCUCCCUCGUUACACCAGUGCCUCUCUCGCAUCCAACUUCUGGUGUUGCCAGCAAAGGCGCAGCUCAGCUCACCUCUACCAGUGCACUCAGUGCCUCACUGGCAUCGUCCAACCUUCAAGCCAACAUGACCAAGCAACUCUCUUCGCUCUCGCCCUCGUCCUCGCCCUCGCGCGCUGGCGGCGUCAACAAGAACGGCGUACGUCAACGUAAGAACAAAUCGUCGAAAGUUGGUGCUGAUGACCACAACUCGGAGCUGCUCAAGUUUGUGGAAACCGAUGGACAUUUCUCGCUCGUACGCAACUUUCACCUCGCCGACGCGUUUACGCUGAUGAACGCGUUCUGUGGCGCUCAAUCGUUGUUUGCUUCGGCGAGGUAUCUAAUCACGUCGGAUCCCAAACAUGCAUGGAUGGCGCUGUGGUUCCCGCUGUUUGGUGCCAUCUUUGAUCUCCUGGACGGCAAAGUGGCUAGGUGGAGGAAGAGCUCCAGCAUGCUUGGUCAGGAAUUGGACAGCUUGGCCGACUCGCUUUCGUUCGGUGCAGCUCCAGCAUUUGCAGCUUACUCGCUCGGCUUGAGGACAGGAUUCGAUAGCUUGUUGCUCACGCUGUUUGUUUGCGCCGGUGUGGCGAGAUUGGCGAGGUUCAACGUGACUGCGGCCACGAUUCCGCAUGACAGCACGGGCAAAGCUAGGUACUUUGAAGGUCUGCCAAUUCCUUCGUCGCUCGUACUGGUCGGAGGAAUGGCCGUGUGUCUGCUUACCGGUAGGAUCGAACCUGGUGGAUUGCCCAUCGCACUUGCCAAGGAGAGAGGUUACAUCUCGUCGCAAGGCUUGACGUUUACCGGAUCGUUGAAGCACUACUUGCCCGCUAGUCUGAACGGCAAAGGUGUUCCGCUCGGUACGUGGACCAUCGACUUUUCAAAACAGCUAGCAAACCUGCUCGUGCUCGUCCCCGGAUGCACCCCACACGACGCCACCCAGUACGCUCAGAGUGUCGCCAAGGUGCAGGGUCAUUGGUUGGCUUUCUUGUGGUUGGCUUGGGCCACCGCCAUGGUCAGCAAGACCUUGAGGGUUCCAAAGCCUUGA